GUGUGCGGGGAUGAAGCGGGACGAGGGGAACUGGGGCGGGGGAGGAGGGGCGCGCCGCGGAGGUGCCCCCCGCCCCCCCCACAAUUCUUCUCCCCACCCCCCCCGCCCCUCCUCCCUCAGUGACGCCGCUUCCAGUCUCCAGGCAACGUGGGGGCCAAACAACGCGGCCGGGAGGCGGCCGCUGCCUGCCGGGCCCUCUCUUCUGGGACUCUCGAUUUUCGGACGCUGAGCGCCAUGGCCCUGCCUCUGCUGCCGGGCAACAGCUUCAACCGCAACGUGGGAAAGGAGAAGUUUCACAAAUCCCAACAUUGGGGCUUUUGCAACAAUGUUAUGAUGUUAGUGAGUGAUGAAAAGCCUGGAAUAGGUGGAGAACCACUUCUGGGACAAAAGAUAAAGCCGAAAUGUAGCAUAUAUCCUAAAGGAGAUGGAAGUGAUGUACCAUCAUGGGUAGCCUUUGAUAAACAGGUAUUAUCUUUUGAUGCCUAUUUGGAAGAGGAAGUACUUGAUAAAAGCCAAACCAACUACAGAAUAAGAUACUACAAAAUCUACUUCUACCCUGAAGAUGACACAAUACAAGUCAAUGAACCAGAGGUGAAAAACAGUGGAUUGCUUCAAGGGACUUCUAUCCGGCGUCAUCGGAUUACUCUCCCGCCUCCUGAUGAGGAUCAGUUUUAUACUGUGUAUCAUUUUAAUGUCGGCACAGAGGUUGUCUUCUAUGGUCGGACAUUCAAGAUUUAUGAUUGUGAUGCAUUCACAAGAAACUUUUUGAGGAAAAUAGGGGUCAAAGUGAAUCCCCCAGUACCAUGUCCGGAAGAUCCUUACAUGAAGAUUCGGAGAGAGGUUCUAGAACACGUAGAGCCCUUACGUCCCUACGAAUCCCUCGACACCCUGAAACAGUUCCUCCAGUAUCAUGGCAAGAUUUUGUGUUUCUUCUGCCUGUGGGAUGACUCAGUCUCAAUGUUUGGAGACCGUAGAAAACUCAUCCUGCAUUACUUCUUGUGUGAUGAUACUAUUGAAAUCAAAGAAUUGCUUCCACACAACUCAGGCCAAGAUGCUACAAAAAUGUUCCUCCGGAGGAGUAAGCUGCCCAAGAAUUGCCCACCUAGAGUCUAUCAACCAGGCCAGAUAACAGAUCGAGCGGUUCUCAAUUUGUAUGGUGACUUUAUAAAGAACCAAGCGGAUGGCUUCCUGAUGGAUAGAUAUAAGCUAGGAGAAGUAGACCAAGAGUUUUACAAAGAUAGUGACCUGUCCCUCGGAGUCACCAUCAAUGUGUGGGGAAGAAAAGUGCUCCUUUGUGACUGUGAUGAAUUUACGAAGUCUUAUUAUAAGUCUAAAUAUGGAAUUGAGAACUUUACCUCAGUUUCAUGCAAGCCUCCUUCUCCUCCUCCAAAAAUAGAAAGGAAAUUUCCACCUUACAACGGUUUUGGUUCUGAAGAGGAUUCUCUCCGUACCUGCAUAGGCCUCAAGCCCACACCUCAUCGGAGGAACUUCAAGAAGUUUAUGGAAAAAGACAGCUAUGGCUUCAACAGCAAUAUACUCCGUUUUUUUGCAAAACUAGUCACAGACAAAUGUGUUGACUUGGACAGGAUGUUUGUUAUUUCAUAUUAUCUCAGUGAUGACACCAUUUCAGUGUUUGAACCUAUAGAGAGGAAUUCAGGAAUUACCGGUGGGAUGUUCUUGAAAAGAAGUCGCGUUAAGAAACCUGGACAAGAAGUCUUUAAAAGUGAACUAUCUGAAUAUAUCAAGGCUGAGGACCUGUACAUUGGAGUCACAGUGAAUGUGAAUGGUUACCUAUUUCGUUUGCUCAAUGCUGAUGAGUAUACCUUAAACUACAUGGAGCAGAAUACAGAUAAGUAUCCUUUCAGUAACCUCAAACUUGCCCUACAAAAGCUGAAGCAAGAAGAAGCAAAAUCCAGAGAGCUCAAGCAGGUAUUCAGAGCUGCUGACCGUAAGCACACAAAGAAGGUGGAUUAUAAUACAUUCAGAGACAUAUUGAUGUCUUUUACUGUUGGAAACCUCUCAGAGCAAGAAUUUGUAACCAUUGUACGUCACUACCGUGCACCUGAGGACACCUGUUCAGAUGUGGAUUUCUUAAUCGCACUGGCCCACGAAAAGUUCAAGAAAAAUAUGUUUGAGAAUUUCGACAGUUUCAUUUAUUCCUGUGUGUAUGAAGAUCGAGAAAAAAAAAAUGUAUUACCCACCAAAGACAUUAAAAGGCUGUGCAAAUCCUCCAGAUUACCUCUGAGUGAUGAUCUUCUAGAAUCCUUAUUGUCAAGGUUUGAAGACAGUGAAAAACAAAUAGAUUAUAAGUCAUUUUUCUCUGCCCUGAACUGGAGAAAGAAUCCAGUGCCUGAAUUGGAACCAGCAUCAUACCUUAAAGAGAGAUGUGAAGAUAUCUGGCUUGGCAUGCCAUCACCUAUUCCUGCGAAAUACAUUGACUACUUGACCCUUUUGAAGGACGUGUUUGGCUUAGAGGAGGAAUAACCAUGCCAGUUUUGGGACUACUCUGAGAAGAAGAGGAGCUGAUGACAUCUCAAGGGACCCUUCGGACUCAUUAUUCUUUCACUCCACAUUUGCAGCAGUGUCUUGCUGGCUUCUUGGCACUCAAAUGUACCAAUUUACUCUUGACAACAAUGGCCCUUUCAUUUUUAAAAAAUUGAAGUUAAUCAAUAAACGAUUUCUAUAUAUAAACCUAGAAUAAUUCCACACGUGCUAUUGUUAGAAUAGAUGCUCCCCCCCAACCCUUUCAGGACUUAACACUAAACUAGUAUACUCAAUUUAUAUACCAAAACUAUCUACCAUAAAUCCUAAAUUUGACUACUUGAUUUUUGUCCCAGGUUUUUUUUAAGGCAACUGACAGUGCCAAGCCAUUUUGUCACUUUAAGAUUUUUCAUUCCCCAGAGAGCAAGCUUUUAGAAGGAUGACACUUUCCUGGAACUUUUCAAGCUGACACAUUCGUCACUUACCUAUUCAACUCUUCAGUCAGUUGUCUUUCCUUCAAGAGUUUAAAUAUGUAGAUAAUUUAGCCCUUGUAGAGGCUUAUAAUGUAGUUCAUUUGAGAAGCUCGGGGAGAAAAAGGAAGCAAACCAAUGACAAUGCUCCUGAGUUUGUGGGGUGACAACUGCUUAUUCUAUUGCAUAGAUGUGUGUUACUGCUCUGGUUGUUUCUGGUUCAAGCCCACAAUUAGCAAUGAAAUGGCCAUUAUAGGAUUCAUGCCGAUAAACAUGAUACAUUGCAGCCAUACAGACAUUUUAAAUAAUUAUUCUUUUUAUAACUAAGCCAUAUACUGAACAAGAUUUAUAAUUUAGAGAUAAUAUCCCCAUUAGUAAAGUUUAUGACCCAAUAAACAGCUCCCACUAGUUAAUAAAUGCCAAAGCCAUAAAAACAAAGACUAUUAAUGUAAUAGAAUUUCUGUACCUCCCUCUUUUGCUGGUGGUCUCAAGACACUGAAAGGAAAUGCUAUCUUAGGAAAAACAUUUAUUCUCGUUAUGUAAAUAUCAGUGAACUGUCUUACAAUCCAUCUGG